AUGGAUUUUAUGAAGCCCGAAACUGUAUUAGACUUGGCCAACAUCCGCCAAGCGCUAGUGCGAAUGGAAGACACCAUCGUCUUUGACCUCAUAGAACGAUCGCAGUUCUAUAGUUCGCCAUCAGUGUACGAACCAAAGAAGAUUCCCAUACCGGAAUGGGGGGGAAGUUUCCUCGAAUGGGCGCUAUUGCAGAUGGAGUUGGUGCAUUCGCUGCUUAGGAGAUACGAAGCGCCCGAUGAGACGCCAUUUUACCCGCACUUGAUCAAACGGCCCAUUUUGCCCGCCAUCAACUAUCCCAAGAUCUUGGCUAAAUUCUCGGAUGAAAUCAAUGUUAAUGCGGAGAUUAUGAAGUUUUACGUAGAGGAGAUUGUGCCGCAGGUGAGUUGUAAAGAAGGCGAGCAGAUGGAGAACUUGGGCUCGGCUUCCGUGUGUGACAUUGAGUGUCUUCAAGCGAUUUCGCGAAGAAUACACUUUGGCAAGUUUGUAGCUGAGGCUAAAUACCAGCUGGAUAAGCCAUUGUAUAUCAAGCUUAUACUUGCCCAGGAUAAAAGAGCCAUCGAAGAAUCAAUCACUAACAGUGCUGUCGAAGCAAAGAUCUUGGAAAGAUUGGUUGUCAAGGCGGAAAGCUAUGGGAUUGACCCUUCGCUCAAGUAUAGUCAAAACGUGCAGAAUAAAGUGAAUCCGGAGAUUAUUGCUCAUUUAUAUAAGAAGUGGAUUAUCCCCUUGACGAAGAAAGUGGAAGUUGAUUAUUUGUUGAGGCGAUUACAAGAUGAAGAUGAGGAUUUGGUGAAUCAGUAUAGAUAG